CGGUACCUUUCUUCUCUGAACGCAGCCAUGCCUUCCUCGAGUCCCGUGUUUUCAACCACUAACGAGGUUGUUUGGCAUAACUCACCCAGUCAUGCUUGCCGGUAUGAACGUGGCAGCUGGUCCACGACUGGCCGCCGCGGUGACCAAUGCCGGUGGGAUUGGCGUCAUCGGGGGUCUUCGUCAGACCCCGAAAAUCCUCCAGCAGAAUAUCGAAGAAUUGAAGUCACAUUUGGAGGAUAAGAAUGCCCCCUUUGGCGUUGACCUACUCCUUCCGCAGGUCGGUGGCACCGCAAGAAAGACGAAUUACGAUUAUACGAACGGGCAGCUUGAUGAACUUCUAGAUGUCAUCAUCAGGUGCAAAGCAGCCCUUUUCGUGAGUGCUGUUGGUGUGCCGCCAAAGGCGGCAGUGGACAAACUUCAUGCAGCGGGGAUACCGGUUAUGAACAUGAUUGGUCACCCGAAGCACGUUAGCAAAGCAUUAGCUCAAGGAGUUGACAUCAUCUGUGCGCAGGGAGGUGAAGGCGGUGGCCACACUGGCGAAAUUCCUUUCUCCAUUCUUAUUCCAGCCGUGGUCGAUCUAUGCAAGGAUGCCAGAAACCCGCUCACCGGGGAGCCGAUAAUAGUCGUUGCCGCAGGUGGAAUAGGUGACGGUCGUGGGCUUGCCGCUGCACUCUCGUAUGGUGCAGCAGGUGUAUGGGUAGGGACACGCUUUGUUGCCAGCGAGGAAGCUGGCGCUCCCCUCAAGCACAAGGACCUGGUUCUACAAGCUGGCUACGACGAUGUAAUCCGAACCCUCGUUUACUCCGGCAGACCCAUGAGCGUUCACAAGACUCCGUAUGUAUCUGAAUGGGAGUCUCACCGACAACAGGAGAUAUUGGAUCUCGUGUCUGAAGGGAAGAUACCCCACGAAGUUGAACUGCAGAAGCAUCCAGAAAAAUCGGUCGAAGGACGAAUGUGGUUAAUGGGAAGGAUUGCCGGUUCCAUUAAUGAUAUCAAACCCGCCAAAGUCAUUGUCGACGAAAUUGUCAACUUUGCUGCCGCAAGUCUAAGGAAUGCCUGCCGUUUGAUAGUGCGGGAGGCCAAGUUGUGAUUGCAAGUGCCUGUGUAUGUAUACCCGGAAGGAAUGUAUACCACAUGAAAUGCCCACAUGUCAGGCCGCACAAUGGACGUUGUCGUUGCAACGUACAUACACCCUCGUGACAGCAGAGUCCGUUUCAUCGAGCUAUGGUUUUAUCAGAACAUAGUCUGAUCAUUGUCUGUCGCUUCACUCGAGUGCCCCGGGCUCGCGCACCAUAUUUCCAGCGAAAGCAGA